AUGUUCCCUUCCAAUGCCAGCCCAAUUCCCCUUGUCCCUGUCACUCCCCAUUUCCCCUUUCCCCUGUCACUCCAUGUUUCCCCUUCCCCCAGUCCCUCAGCAUUUCCCCUUGUCCUGUCACUCCCCUUAUCCCCUUCCCCCAGUCCCUCCCCAUUUCCCCUUUUCUCUGACCUUCCCCAUGUUCCCUUCCAAUGCCAGCCCAAUUCCCCUUGUCCCUGUCACUCCCCAUUUCCCCUAUCCCCUGUCACUCCAUGUUUCCCCUUCCCCCAGUCCAAGGUGUACGGAGUCAUAACUGAUGGGGGAACUAGUUUCAAGACGGUGGUGGCUUCCAUGGGGUUGAAGCAUCAGCAGGACGUGUGGCACAUGGCCAGGACACUUAUCAAGGCAUUGCUGCGAGAGUUGGUGGAUGCUCGCAAAGACGAAAAUAUGAAGGUAGAGGCGGCACGGACCAUUGAGGACCUUUGGCACAUCAAGAAAUCAGCAUUAUUCGGGUGGCUUGAAAAGACGGGGUGCAAAGGGGAUCUGACAGUUUCGUCCAUCAAGGAGGCGCUUAUAAGGGCGGUGUGCUCCGGUCUUGGCACCAUCGCUUUCAAGACCAUCGAUCCUUCGGAGGCAUCCUAUAAGCAUCCAGAGUUGCGACAGGUGGUUGUGCGAUUGGCUGGGAUAGGCACUGGAACAAAUCAUCUCGCAGAGGCGAUUCGGGCACUUGAUGAUGCACCCACAGUGCCGUCGGAGGGAGAGACAACGGCUGACAGCAAUGCGGUAGUGUUCGAGGACGUGGCUCAGAUGUUUGCCUGGGACCCACACCCAGUGUACGGGGCACGCCCGUCGUCAUACGCAUCACUGCUGCUGGCCCAGGAGGUAGCCGGGCGAUCAGACACGGUUGCGGCAACUACAGAAACUGGGGCUGAAAUGACAGAGCAAGAGGGCACUGUCAAGGCCAGAGAAGGGGAGAGGCGGUGGGUGCGCAAGGCGAAAAGAAGUAGGCGCGCCAAGGCUACGGAGACAGGGGGUACUGAUAGGGGGAUUGAUCCACCCGAAGGCAUGGCAGCUGUUGAAGAAGUCAGUGUUGCCCAACGGUACAGCAUACACUUUCAUCAUGUGAUGACGCGGUGUGCCACGCUUGCUAAAGAGGGCCGGCCCAUGUCUCCUGGUGAUGUAGCAGAUGAACUUGCUUUAUCCGCAGAGCAUUGGGCUGGAGAUCACUCAAGAUGUGCACGGCAUGGCAUUAUCCCGCGGUGUGUAGCCGAUUCGUGGGGUCCCGAGAGUGCGGUAUACGAACACGGUGGCACCACACAUCUUGCUUUUCGCGAGUGGCUAAGUAAGCACUGUAGCGCGGGGAAGAUGCAACCAUUCGUCCUAGGAGCGUCGAGCUGGGUGAACGAAUCCUUUCACUCCGUCAUAUGCAAAUACGCGCCGAAGAGAAUUCACUUUCGUGGAAGUAUGGAAGCAAGGAUUGCUCUCUCCAUACUUCACUGGAACAACACAGUUGAACGGCUUGUGAGAAGACAUAUUGUGAGGCUACGGCGUGCAACGCGUGUGCGACGAGGGAAAAAGGGUCGCGUGCUUGGGCCGAUGAAUUGGCAAUGGACCAAAGAUAUUUUCAACGAGUGGCGUCUCUCCUCCUCCAUCACACCUUAG